AUGCCUACCCUUAUCGCUGACACGCCCUUGCAGUGCUCCCUCGCACACCAGCUUGUCCCCAAGAACGAGCAGACCAAGCCCGAGGAUGUGCGUCCCCGAAAACACUCCCCCUUCUCCUACCUUCGAAUUACUUACACAUACACCAGGNAUAUCCCAUACCUGAGCCCCAUCAUCAAGGAGAUUGAGGCCGAGAGAAGAGAGAGAAUGGACCUCGACGCUAUGGUCAUCAAGAAAUAA